AAAGGGUAUUUUGGGUGUUAUCUCCCACAGUUGUGCUCUAACAUGGCUAAAGCAGUGAUUUGUGUGCUUCUCCCAUCUCUGUUUGCCUUCUGUAGAUGUGCUCCAGUGGGUUUUCAUGGUGGUUCAGAUGCUCACUGCCCCCUGACGGUAAAGAUCCUAGAUGCCGUGAAGGGGAUCCCCGCUGGAAAUAUAGCUCUGGGUGUGUAUCGCCAAGAUCAAAGUGGGACAUGGGAAAAGAUUGCCAGUGGGAAAGUGGAUUUGACUGGGGAGGUGCACAACUUGAUCACUGAGAAGGAGUUCACUCCUGGUGUGUAUCGGGUGGAGUUUGACACUAAAGCCUACUGGAAGGAAGAGGGUCGCACACCAUUCCACCAGAUGGCGGAUGUGGUGUUUGAGGCUCAUGCGGAGGGGCAUCGGCAUUACACUCUGGCUCUUCUUCUGAGCCCCUUCUCGUACACCACAACAGCAGUGGUCGUCAAAGCACAUGAGUGACAUCACACAGAAAGUUGGUCCACAUCAACUUAAACAGAGACAUUACUUUACAUCCCGGGUCCAAGAUUAACACCUU